CUGGCACUGGUACGUUUUAUCUGUCAAAGUCAAUUUUAAUUUUCGAAGGACAUGUUUACGUUGAGUUUGAGUUGUAUUUAUUAUUUGCUCCCAAUUUUGUAAAUCAAUUUCAAUGGACGAAUUAAAAGGACCUACUAUCCAAAUAGUACUUCAUGUAAAAGAAGGUCUUGGAUUUGGUUUCUUGAGGGCUCCUUUUAUUGUAAGUGGAUCUUUAAAUGGAUAUAUGCUGGAGACGGAUCCAGUUGUGCCCUGCCAUGCACCUAGUUUCGACGCUGAACUUGUCUGGGAGGCCGAUAAACGACGAUUUCGUAGCCUUCGAGUCCAGAAUGUCCCCAUCAAAGUGGAAGUGUUCACAAUGGGAACUCAGGGCCGAAAGGAUAAAGUGGGUUACCUGCUGCUCAGUCUCCUCGGAGCGCAGCCCUGUCCUGCCACCAAGAUUGUUGAUGUGCGGCAUUCGUGGCACCGGUUGCUAGGAGUAAAGUCGGAGGGAAAGUGCUGCCACCCGCAGCUCAUGCUCAGCCUUUCUGUUGAGGACCGUGUCAACACAAUCACUCCUAGGAAUGAACUGCGCAUGUUUCAUAGCAACGACGUGGCUUACCCGACUACUUGCAACACGGUCAAUCCCACUGCUGGACUGUUACUCACACUUAAUGAAUACAUAGCAGAAAGCAAGAAGACAGUAUCGAGCCCCGACCUGCAGCCUAACCUGCUAUGCGAUGAGGGGCUCAUACAGAUCGGCGGUGGGAAGCAUCUGUUCGUGCUGAGUUUCGUCAUUGGCUCUGUCGAAAACAUUGACAUGCUUAUACCUGACUAUGCCACCCGAAAAGAUGCUACUGACUGUUAUGUUUCAUACACCGUCUUCACGCAUACCAUUACAACCGACAGAGUGAGUGUGACGGUGACGGGCUCAGGUGCGGCGGCACUAUUCAACCAGCGCACGUCGCUGCGGCUGCGGGCAGACCUCUCCACACUCGGGCGCUACUUCGCCGAGUGCCCGAGUCUGGUCACCACCGUGCGCGCCACGGACCGGGACGUCGGUAUAUGCAGCAUGGAUCUCCGCAAGCUAGUCCCGACCGACAACAUUGAACACUUCCUCAACAACUUCUGCAACGAGCCGCAAGCAAUAUCCAUACACGAGCGCUGCUUCAUACUACGCACAGACGGACAACGAGACGGGGACCGGAAACCAUAUGUCGAUGUUGAUAUGAGCCUUAAAUACGUCGGGGUACAGACUGAACCUACGAAACCACCGGUACUGUCGGCGCGUAGUGCAACUCAACUGGAAAUUCGAGCGCAUACGGAGGUGCUGCGGAAGGAAAGCAUCCUUAAUAUAAAAAGCAGCGGCAGUUGUACCAACUUGGAGGAUGUGGGCGGCGUGGCGUACACUAACAACACGGCGAGGAAUACGUCCAGGUAUAAGGACGCAUCAGGCGCCGCCAUUCUCCAAACCAACGAGAUAACAGAACUAAUACGCAAGAUGUGCGAUUCCUUCGCGCUCAGCCAAGAGAAACUAUUAGCGGCUCGAGAGAAACCACUUACUAGCGACAUGCAAGUGCAAUGCGAGACGGAGACAGACAAGGGAGACAAGGACGGCGCGCGGGAAGAGAGCGUGGGAGACAAGGAGAGCGUCGGGGAGAAAGAGAGAACGCCAAUAAAACUAGAGACGAGUAAGAGUGACACCUGCAUACGGAACGAUAAAGACAUGGUAAAGAGGGUGAUACCGUACGAGGAGCGGGACAGCAUCAUGCAGAAGUUUGUGGACGAGCUGGAAGACUGGAAGGAGAAACAACAGGAGCUGUAUAAGUUACAGCUGCAACGCAAAGAAGAAUACCACCUCGAUCUCCUCUCCCGCGAGUGGACCAAGAAGCGUGCCGAGCUGGAAACCAAACUGAGUCGCGGCAUCGAGCAGUGCCGCCACCUCGCCGCCGACCUGGCGCGCGCCACCGACGACUUCCGCCUGCGCGGCUACCGGAACACGGAGAGGGAGAAGAAGCUUCUAGACGCGAAGAAUGCUCUGGAGACCCACUACACGGCGAAGUACCAGGAGCUCAGAGAGGCUUCCCAGAAGAUGGAAGACGACAUGAACCACCGGCUGAAGCUCAAGGAUAUGCGCAUCGAGGAGCUGGAGGCGAAGAUCCAGCAGUUGGAACGACAGCUGGAGAUCAUGAAGAUUAAUGCCAAAAAUAUAGAAAAGGAGUCUGAGAGCAAGUAUUCCGGAUUGACUAAAGACCAAACGGCCAGCCUUAUACAGGAAUUGCGUUGUCUUGAAGAGAAGUUAGACAGCGCCGUGCAGUCUAAGGCGUUCUUUAAAGAGCAGUGGGGCCGCGCCGUACGGGAGCUACACCUGAACAAGCUCCAUACAAGAAGGCAGAUGCUCACACAGCUGAGACAGGACAGGAGGCAGCUCGGGGAGAUGGGAUUGGACACAAUUCAAGACCAAGACGAGAAGGCCGAGGAGGUGGACAUGAAACGGCUAAAAGACGACUUUUACGUCGACAUACUCACCAACAUGCCCGUUAUAGAGUCCAACUCUAUCAUAACUACGACGGGAGCAGAGUUGGAUAUGUUUGAUGAAAUGAAAACCGCGCCAAAGAACCCAACAAACGAGAGACUGUCGCAGUUAAUCGCAGAGCGAGACCGCCUCGUCGAGCGUGACUGCCCCGACGAGGACCGCCUGCAGCAGCUGAACCAGGAGAUCAGAUCUAUCCUGCUCAACUGCGGCUCUUGAUAACGUUCAAAUGUCACGUUUUCAGUCAAAGGGGUACUCUAUUAUCGGUUGUCAAGGCGCUAUAGGGACCGUGCGCGUUGGAGGGUCUGCCAUCUUGUGCCCUGAAUCGGAAACAUAAAUGUGCACUUGUACAUUGCCAAAGCAAGUGCUACCAUCUACCGUUCUCGUCGGUACGUUUCCUUGUGUAUAGUAACGUGGGCUACAUCGGGAGCAUAAACGACACAUUUACGCCUCGCGCCAAAAAUCUGACGGCUCCUAUGCUGCCCCCUAUAGUUCAUGCACCGGAGCUUAUUUCCAUAAAGUUUCAAUUUAAAAUCAACCUUAUCGACCGAAAAAGUAAUUCCUUUUAUUUGAAAACGUCAAAUAUAGGCUCUUUGUAAAUGAUUCGAAAUUCUUAGCUACGCUGCUGAAGUUUGGUUGAAAUGUAGGUGUUUGAACGGCACGCCAAACGUGUGCAUCAUCUAGAACCUUGUGGGAAUGCACGAAGGUUGAUAUUGGGCUGUAGCCGCCCGCGUCAGUUGACGUCUUGCGGUGAAAGGGUUUAUCAAAGAAUAAUUGAUUUUAUUAGAUGUGUAAAGUUUAACAAAUUUGUGCUCCGGAUUUAACGUUUAACAAUUCUAUUACUAUAAAAGAUAGCGAUAGCGCCGCGCCGUGUUUGAAUGAUGGUGACGGUUACUAUAUCUAAUUCUUAUUGUAAAGUGCCAUUAUUCCUAGCUGUGAAACUCGGGGGGCAUGCGGGCAUUUAUAUUAGAAAUUACUCAUCUUAAAUUAUUGGUUUCACUGAACAUGUGAUCUUUACGUAAAUGAUUAGUCCCCAUUCCCAUUACGAUUGUGCUUGACAGAAAUUAUGAUUGCACAUGGCGCAUGUAGCUAGAGUAAGUACAGGAGCGGAGCGGCCGGCCUACUUGUUACUCGCGUGUACUUUUUACUUUUUUUUAUUUUAUUUUUUUAUUGGUACACGGUGGAAUUGACUACUGCA